AUGGAAUUGGAGGAACUGGUGAAACAAUUUGGGUCAAAACUGAUGCUAUCUGAGAAAGAACUUGAAGGGGUUCGACUAGAAGAGAACAAGCUUUCUGGUACUUUGUUAGGCUUCCACUACAGCCUGGUGGCCGAGGUCUUGUCACACCGGUCAGUGAACAGAGAUGCUUUCGUUGAGAUGUUUACUGGAUUAUGGCGAGGCCACAAGGGAGUCUGCAUACGGGAGAUUGGAGAAAAACGAUUCCUCUCGAGAUUCGUGCACUUUCACGAUAUUUAG